GGAAGGGGCUGCCCUUAGCGCUGCCUGAACGGAAAAGCCGGCUGCGGGUCGGGGUUACGGUGUCAUGGCUGCCGCCGGCGGUGAUGGCGUCCAGCUCAACAACGCGGUGCAGGAUAAGUUACAUCCGAGAAAUCUUAUCCCAGAACUUUGUAGGCUGUUUUAUGGUUUAGGCUGGGUAACGGGAACUGGUGGAGGAAUCAGCCUGAAAUAUGGGAAUGAAAUCUAUAUUGCUCCUUCAGGAGUCCAGAAGGAAAGAAUACAGCCAGAAGAUAUGUUUGUUUGUGACAUGAACGAGCGGGACAUCAGUGGUCCCCCAGCUCACAAGAAACUAAAGAAAAGCCAGUGCACGCCUCUUUUUAUGAAUGCCUACACUAUGAGAGGAGCGGGUGCAGUGAUACAUACCCAUUCCAAGGCUGCUGUUAUGGCUACCCUUCUUUACCCAGGGAGUGAGUUCACUAUUACCCAUCAGGAGAUGAUAAAAGGAAUCCAGAAGUGUUCUUCAGGAGGCUAUUACCGAUAUGAUGAUACACUGGUGGUUCCCAUUAUUGAGAAUACACCAGAAGAGAAGGAUCUCAAGGAAAGAAUGGCAAAAGCAAUGGAAGAAUACCCAGAUUCUUGUGCGGUUUUGGUCAGACGUCAUGGAGUCUAUGUAUGGGGAGAAACAUGGGAAAAAGCCAAAACAAUGUGUGAGUGUUACGACUACCUAUUUGAUAUUGCAGUGCAGAUGAAGCAGCAUGGGCUGGAUCCUUCAAAACAUCCAGCAGGAGAAAAUGGGAUCUUGUAAAUGACAGCAAUAUUCAGAUUUCUUAUGUGACUAUGGGAGUUCCGUUUUCCGCCUCUCACUCUUGAAGCCAGAAGGGGGUGCUCUUGUACUCAGCUGACUGACAGAUGUUGGGAGCCGAUUUUGACCAGACAUAUCAAAGAAGAGUUACAGAGAUCCUAAACGAUCAUUGCUGUUUAUGAGUACUGGCAAAAGCUACUUUAGGAGGAAUGAAAAUUAAUGUUCAAAGUGCUACAGAGAACUGAUGUGACAUAUUGUUUGUGUGAUUUAAAAAAUAGGAUUUUAACAAAUUUGCAUUUGCUGAUCCUGCUCUACUGCUGCAUCAUUUGACUUGUUCGAGAUAUCAGUUUCUGAAAGAUAAAGCAGUCCUUAUUCGUUGGAAGGAUACGAGAACCUCCCCUUAAUUAAAAAUUAUGCUCAAAAGGAUUGUUUAAACUACUGAUUAAUUUCUGCUACAUUAAUUUCUGUGAAAUUAAGCCUGUAGCAUGUGCAUUUUUAAGUCAAUAUUUUAAUUGUUAUUCUGUAUAGGAAACUCAUAGAAUUUUGUAGCAUGCAUUUGGAAGUUGUUGCUGAGAAAUUCCUCCAGGUCUUACCUGUUCUUUACCUUUUUUUAUUCACUUUUAAUGCGAUUUAAAACAGCCUUUUUUUUUUUUUUUUUUAA